GUUCGUCGCACGAAUUUUGAAGUUUGUUCAGUUUGUUUUCAAGACUUAAACGCAUUCAAAACACACGUGUUUUUGAGGUUAGUAAGAUGGGUAAGAAAAGGAAGCUGAAGGAUAGUAAAGACGACAAUGAAUUCGAUCCAGUGCCUAAGCAUCUAGUGACUGCACACGUGAAAAACCAGGAGAAACGUUUGAUCAUCAUCCUGGAGGAUGCUCAACUUGAGAGUGUUAAGGUGGGCAAUGGUUUUGAGCUGUUGAAUUGUGAUGAUCAUGCACACAUCCUUAAAAAGAAUAACAGAAAUCCAUCUGAGGUGAGGCCUGAUAUUACACAUCAAUGCUUAUUAAUGCUGCUGGACAGCCCAUUGAACAGGGCUGGUCUGCUGCAAGUGUAUAUACAUACUAAAAAUAAUGUGUUGAUUGAAGUAAAUCCUCAAACAAGGAUACCACGAACAUUCAAACGAUUUGCUGGAUUAAUGGUGCAAUUGCUGCAUAAGUUUGCAGUUCGUGCCAGUGAUAGCUCAAUGAAGUUGCUGAAGGUUAUUAAGAAUCCAGUGACUGACCACCUACCAGUGGGUGUAAAGAAAAUUGCCAUGUCUUUUUCAUCAAAGGUUACUCCUUGCAGAGAACUUGUUCCUACAGAAGAACCAAUUGCCAUAGUUAUUGGAGCUAUGGCACAUGGAAAGAUAGAUUUAGAUUAUACAGAGGAUACAAUUUCAAUCAGUAAUUACCCUUUGAGUGCUGCUUUGACGUGUACAAAGUUAUGUUCUGCGUUCGAAGAAACCUGGAACGUUUUAUAAUGUUUAUUAUAUUAUAUAAAUUUUAAAAUAAAAUAGUUUAUAA